UACAUAGAGCUUUUUCCUCUUAAUUAUUUUCUAGCUUUUCAAUCACAUGGGUUAUGAUAAGUCAAUUAUUGGAAGUAUUUUGGUUCCUAUACUUAUUUUACUUGUAUCAACGAACUACAUAAUGCCAUGCGAAGCUCACUUGUCUACCACGUUCUAUGAUGACACGUGUCCUAAUGCACUUGAGACGAUUAGAAGUUCAGUUAGUGCUACGGUGUCAAGUAAUCGUCGGAUGGCAGCCCUUAUCAUUCGUCUUCUUUUUCACGACUGUUUUGUUCAGGGUUGUGACGCAUCCCUUUUGCUUGAUGGAAGCGCAAGUGAGAAGAACGCAGCCGCAAAUAAUGGUGUGAUCGGCUUUGAAGCUAUAGAUGAUGCUAAAGCUGCAGUCGAGAGCGUAUGCCCUGGUGUUGUUUCCUGUGCAGAUAUCUUGGCUGUUGCGGCUCGUGAUGCCUCAGUGCAGGUGGGUGGUCCUUCAUGGACAGUAAGGCUUGGAAGAAGAGACUCUCUUGCACCAGCAAGCGCGACUCUAGCCAAUACCAAUCUUCCAAGAGGUACUAAUAAUCUAUCUCAGCUCAUUGACAGCUUUGAUCGACAGGGUCUCAGCGUAAGAGACAUGGUUGCUCUGUCAGGAUCUCACACAAUCGGGCAAGCACGAUGUGUUACGUUUAGGGCGAGGAUAUACGACAACACCUCAAACAUAGACGCUGCUUUCGCUAGCAACCUUAGGAGUAACUGCCCACAGACAGCACCAAAUGGAAACAAUAACUUGGAACCACUUGAUUUGAGGACACCAAAUAAAUUUGACAACCACUACUUCAAGAAUCUAGUCCAAAGUAAAGGUCUUCUAACAUCAGACCAAGUACUCUUUAAUGGAGACUCAACUGAUAGCAUCGUAACUGAGUACGUCGACAACCCUUCCUUAUUUGAUUGUGAUUUUGGUGCAGCCAUGGUUAGGAUGAGCGAAAUCGACGUCGUUACUGGUACUAGUGGAACCAUAAGGACUCUUUGCAGAAAUGCAAAUUGAUUAUAAAGAAAAGGAGAUGUUAUAAGUGAUGGAAAAGUGUAUAUUAAUAGUUGGACGCACGUACGUACAUUAUGCAAGUAUUCUGCAUGCAUGCAUGCAUGCUUUGUUUUAAUUCUAUCACAAUCAAUAAAAUGGUCCUUUUUAAAA